CUUCGAUCGAAUACGGAUUCGCUUGAUGCGUAUCCUUUCAGUCAAGAGAUUGAAACACUUUUUGGUUCGAAGCCCCAACCUACUCAUCAUUCACAUGUUGAGGAUGCUGCACUUUGGGCUCCUCGUAACACUGUCAAUCUGGAUGACAUUCCCAUGGACGUGGUUACUUCUGAAGACGAGGGGAAGAAUGAAGAACCUGAAGUACCUAUCUCUGCCAUGAAUUAUAACAUUUUAUCCCCCGAUGCACUCAGUAAGCCGCGAGCCACCUAUCCCCUGCAACAUACUGAAAUGGACGAAAUUGAACUCCGGAGCCGUGCGCUGCGGAGCUUAUUGCUGAAGAGACAAACGAACGAAAUUUCAUUGGAUUCUAAGCUACCGGGAUAUGAUCACCCCUUUGAAGCUCAUGCAACCAAGAGACUAUGUAUUGGUUCAGGAAAGCAGCGUUCAUUUCAAGGCAACCAGCAAAAGUUUGUAAUAACAGUGGGCGAUUCUUCGGAAACGGACGAACCCUCUUCCGCCUUAAUACAGCGUGGUACUCCAACCACUUAUAUAACUAGACAGAAGCCCUGCAUGGAAUUAUCUGAGUUAGGCAAAGUAGCAACCAGAUCGUCGGUAGCUCAAUCGAAAGCAGAGGCCGCUAAAAGCAAGUCUGCAUCCAUGGACGUUAAUUUGAUGGAUUUGAAAAUGCGCUUGUUGCGUCUUAAGUUGACGUUGAAACGCCAAGAACGCAUAGUGGAAGAGCGGCGCAAAGUCGCUCAAAGGUUGGCUUCUACCUCCAAAGAUCUUCAAAAUCGGCUGAAACGAACAGAACGUCUUAUGAAGGAUGCCGAUGAAUCUGUCUCGAAGGCAGAACGUAUCAGAGACUCAAUUGAAAGGAGGACUCAGGCUAUUCAGGAAACCUACAAUCGGCUAACCGAAAUAACCGACAGAGAACCAUGGUCGACAAGCACAACAGUUCAGGAUAAAGACAUGAAGCCUGUCUCAUCCUGCAUCAUGCCAGCGCCGAACGACUCUCUAAGGAAGGAAAUCACAUCAGACUCCUUGGCCAUUUUGCUAGAGGCUCGUGUUUCCACUGCCUACUUUUCUUUUUAUCGUUUUGAAUUUCCCGUACCUUGUAUAAGACCGAGCGAAACUGCGUCAAGCAAUGCAGAUUAUGCUCAACCGAAACCUGAGCUUCCCGCUUCAACAUGGAACCCCGACAGUUCUAGAAUGCGCAUCGAUCCCAUGGUACCGAUGUGCCCGUAUCUCCUGGAUGGCGAUUGCAAAGACAGUUCUUGUCCGUGGCAACAUCCUACCAAUUCCAGCACCAGUUGUCGUCCACAGCAGACCCCAUGGUUUCCGGCUACAUCGUCGAAGAAAUCCGACACACAUGUGUUAACCAAAUCUAACGCAACUAAUUUUUGCCCGGUGUGUAAGCAGCUAUUUUCUACCGCCAGUUCUGAUGCGACUCAUUCGGACAUUAUUCGAAAGUGGCAUACACACUAUUUCGCCUGGAAACGUUCAAGUGUCAAGGAGUCUGCUGACAACUUUGCUAAAUUUCGUCAUAUGAGUUGCACUUUGAUCCAUCAAUACCCGACUGAUUGGGACCUAGGCAAGCACCAUUUGGCCACUGUUUGUGCCACCCAUCAUCCCAAGAGGAUGAAGAAUAUUGUGGAGUAUUUAAAAUCGGCAAAUUUUCCAAUAGAUGCAUUGCGGUUGGUGUUUCGCCAUCCAUCUCUUAGCUGCGCUCAACGACAAUCGAUAGCCCAAGCUUGCCUUGAUCAUCUAGUUCCCCUCAUACAACUUUCUCCCCAUUUGACUGAUAUUUUGUCCUCUCCUUCCACUUCAUUUGUCUACGUGGUCUACCAUCUCGCAAUAUUACAUUUGGAGUGUGAGUCGGAUGAGAAGCAACUGAACGAAUUGCUCAAUAAAUAUCUCUCCACAUUUCCCAAAUCUCAUCCGGUGCAGUCUGGCCUAUGGUGGUUCAGAUUGGCUUUAGCUGUGGAUAAGCGUCUACCAAGUGAAGAUGCGUUAUUUUCUGUUGCCAAUUUACCCGCUUCCAAUCAAAGUAAUCUUACGGCCAAUCGGCGUCUGAUUGAGGACGCCGCCGCGGAGCUUCGGAUUCCCUAUGGCUCUGUCACUUUGUUUGAUUCCAUUUCGGUUUGGAGUAAGGAUUCCAUUUUGCCUGUUUGUUACUUGUCUGUGGUCUUCUUCUAUGUUCAACUCUUAAUCAUACGGCAACAGUAUAAGGCUGUAGCCGAUCUUUGUCUUCAUUUAGCUACCACACCCGGAUUAAUUUCGACAGAUGAUCUCUUCUUUCCUACUGGCGUUUUUGCGAUGUUCCGUCGCAAAUCGUUUUUUGAUUGGUCCACGUUUGUCUCCGAACUGAUCGAGCCUUAUCGAAGUCGAUACGACACUUCUUUUCGCAUUGAAUUAGGCUUUCUGCUGGCUCAUUUGGCCUGGCAAAAAAAGGCUCUGAAAGAUUGCAAAUCUGCCAUUAUGGAGUCUUUGGCUAACUUGAUCCUAUUGCCAUCAGAUGCGGACAUCGAUAUCAUCAAAGCAUUUGAAGAGCUCCUUGGUGUACAUCGCACAGAAGCACAAGUUGACUCACCUCUAGAGCUCCUUUGUGUUCGUGGCCGCACUUACCUGUUAUUGACCUAUGGAUUGUUUAGUCUCCUAUAUUCCAAUACUAAUUGGAUGACCACUUUGAAUUAUCUUGUAUUGUGCUACCGCAAACAUCUCGAUUCGAUGAGUGGUGGCGAGCACACAUUAUUCGAUAAGCUUUUGUUGCAUAUGAUUGUAACAUUUUUGAAUCGCACAUACGAUCCCACUAACGAUGUCGCUUACAUGGAGAAACUGUCCAGCGUCAUGUUUGUUCGGCCGUUGUUGCUACAACAGUGUCUCACGCCCUCUUGGUUCAUUGAACUGGUACAACGCAUCAAUUUCGCUUCUUUGCCGUCUCCUGGCCUACGACACGACGUUUGCGUUCGUCUGGUCGAGGUACACGGUACGCGUCUGAUUCCACCACUUUGUCGUAGACUUUUUGUUUUAAAUGAUCGGUUUUUGGCGCAAAGUCUGUGUGCUAUUGGUCGUUUGGAUAAACCAGAUCAAGCGGACUUCUGGUUGUUGUAUGCAGCGCUCACAAUUAUUUCAUCCGCCGGUGCCGCAAAUACAGAACGGGCGGUCAGCUCACUGCUUCAGAAUACCGAGCUCACGGAGUUAUUCGCUGAGGCAGUCAGUGCUGUGCCAUCUAGCCGUAAGUUGUGGAAACAGUAUGCGUGGGCUGUGCAAUCUGCCGGUGUCGGUAUAGAAGAACUGGUGCGACGUGCCCGGCAAUUCCAGAUGCUUCAUGCUGUCUCAGGCAUUUCUCCACCCGUGGAUACCAAACUGCUUGCAUCAGCAGCCUCUAAAGCCCAAGCGACAGAUAUAAUUCCCUCUGGGACCACGCCAAUCAGUCGUCCGCUGUCAUCACUCGGUCCCGCUGUCAUUUCUCCUAAGCCUACUUUUUCUGCACUCGGCGUCAUAUCCCAGCCACUUACCUCUACUUGCGUGGCACUCGUACCCUCAUCGUCUCCUUACAAAUCAGCCUUGACACCAGUCAGUCGUCCGAUGCCACCCGCUGUCAUCACUCCUAAGCCUCGUUUCUCUGCACUCGGCGUCACAUCCCAGCCCAGUACCUCUACUUGGAUAGCGCCUGCACCCUCCUCAUCUCCCUACAAAUCAGUCUUUAUGCCCCAGAACCAUGGUGUGAAUCACAACCCCCCUCCUCCAAGACAGGCUGCUACUUCCGCUCUAGUUGUUUCCGCGUCAACCCAAAAGCCCAUUCCCUUAAUGAGUUUGCCACUACCAGUACCACGUUUCGUCACAUCGUGGGGCAACUGGCCGACAUCAGCUGUCUUGAGAGCACCUUCUCCGGUGGUGGCGGUUACUCCAACACCUGGAAAUCCACCGCAAAGAGUCUCCAGGUUUACGCCACUAAAUGGGAUGCCCCCCCAACGCGGUGUCGGUACGGUUCCACGGGGCAUCGGAGCAGCUCCUCUUCUCGGUAACAUGUCCCAAUUCCCUACUCCCACUGCACCUUCGCCCUCUGUGAUUCGUCCGCCUUUCCGGCCGAGUGCACCGUGGAGGAGGAAGAAGAAGAAACGGAAACAGAAGUUAGCUGCUGCGAACGCAAUGGUCUCGGCGAGCUCCAAGUAACG